GUGACGAAAUCCCUCAAGCAGGUGCUGCUUCAGUACUUGGUAGCGGAGAUUAUCACCAGAGUCACCACCUUCGGGAGCGACAAGGAAGCUCAGGCCAAGGCGCAGGAGAUGGGGUGGGUGACGAGCGACUUGGAGUACAACUUUCUGGAUUGGGAUACCGAGGAGAAGAAGCUCAUUCCGAGGCAGGAGGGGACACUUACGCAGGACCAGAUGCUCGCAGACGCGCGUCGCCUGAAAGACAUCCUGAAAUCGCCAGAGUUGAUCCUCCGCUUUUCGGCAGCCCGGAACGCUCAGCCGGACUCGGUAUCGGAAACAGCGAACUUCGUACUGGAGCUCUCCUUACAGCAUCAGGAUGCAGCAGAGGCGAUGGCUAUCUUCCGGAAAUGGUACGCGUCCUCAGCUCUACUACUCUUGUCACUUCGUCUCAAGCCGGCCCGUCCCGAGCGGUCGCCGCUGAUCAAAGAGAUCUCGGAGGCGGUCGGAUGGUAG